AUGGACUCCCAACUACAAAAGCAGCCGAUCGUUUUUGACAACGACGGCGGCGAAACAGAGGAGCAUCGCCAAUUACGUCGAGUAGCUUUCUUCUCAAUUGUUAUUUCUACAGCAGCAGUUAUAGCUUCAAUAGUUACAUUGCCAAUGCUUUAUAGCUAUGUUGCUUCCUUCCAAAGUCAUUUGGUCCAGGAGACUGACUUCUGUAAAAUACGUUCACGCGAUAUGUGGACAGAAAUGGCAGUGUUGAAUCAACCAGCACCGCCAACUGGAAGCCGUGGAAAGCGUCAAGCUGGAGGAUAUGGAGUUGUGAAUCCAGAACCAGCUACAUGCUGUCCUUGUCAGCAAGGCCCACCUGGACCGUCCGGCCCACCUGGAGAUAACGGAGAGCCUGGAUCUGAUGGAAAGGAUGGCCAAGAUGCUCAAGAUGGCCGUGAUGGUCAAGUACUUAGAAGUGCAAUACCUCGUGAACCCUGUAUCAUCUGUCCAGCAGGACCUCCCGGAUCACAAGGAGCGCCAGGCCAGAAAGGACCACGCGGACCCAAAGGUCAACCUGGAGAGCAAGGAAAGAAUGGAGAUAAAGGAACACCCGGUUUCCAAGGACCGCUUGGAUUGCAAGGACCUGUUGGCCCACCUGGACCGCCGGGACCAGUUGGUACGCCUGGCCGAGUGAUUCAAGUCAAUGGCCCAGCCGGACAACAAGGACCAGCGGGACCACCUGGACCUCCAGGAAAGAAAGGAUCUCCUGGAAAGGAUGGCACUAAUGAAGCUGGAGGCCCUGGACCAAAGGGAGAUGACGGUCCUCCAGGACCACCAGGAGCACCAGGACCGCAAGGACCUCCUGGACCUGGUGGACCUCCAGGAGAGCCUGGAACUUGUGACCAUUGUCCACAACCACGUACACCCCCAGGCUAUUGAGAAAAACAUUAGAGGAGAAAAUUGGCUGCUAAUUGGGAUAUGUGACAAAACAACAAAAGUGCCAACAACACCUAGGCACGGCUGCGAUAAAUUAAACACAAGCAUCAUAACAUCGAUGCGAACCAUGAAAGGACCAGGACCACAACACACGCUUUGUCCAAACAUCGGACAUAUUUAAAACAAACAACACGACUGACAAAAAGGGGCUGUGACAGAGGGCAAGGAAAAUAGAGAUGGAAUUAAAUAUGUAGAAAAAUAUUUUGGAAAAAAAUUUUAAUAAAAUAGUUAAAACAUUUUUUAUAUUAACGAUGAGGGCGAAAAAUAAAAGCGACUG